AUGAAUACACGCCAGGUUAUCGAUGACUCGGCAGGGCCUGUCUCCCUGUCCGCAGCCUUCAACAGCGACAGUAGCUGCUUCUCCGUCGGCCUAGAUACAGGUUUCUGUGUCUUCAACUCAGAUCCAUGUGAACUCAAAGUGUCUCGAGACUUCAAUGCCGGCAUCGGUGUCGCGGAAAUGUUAGGGCAGUCCAACUACCUAGCCAUCGUUGGCGGAGGUAAGCAACCAAAGCUACCGCAAAAUAAGAUGGUCAUCUGGGAUGACGUAAAACAAAAAUCCGUGAUCACGCUCGAAUUCCGAACCUCCGUCCUCCGAGUACGUUUAUCCAAGUCGCGCAUCGUAGUUGCCCUCCUCAACAGUGUCCAUGUCUUCGCAUUUUCUACACCGCCAGAAAAGUUGUCGGUUUUUGAAACUACAGAUAAUCCUUUAGGGUUGAUAUGCCUCGGCAAGAAGCUCCUAGCGUUUCCCGGGAGGUCUGCGGGACAAGUUCAACUAGUUGAGUUGGAGACGGGAAAUGUCAGCAUCAUUCCAGCACACAGUACAAGUCUAAGGGCGAUCGUGCUUAGUCCAGAUGGCGAGGUGUUAGCUACAGCAAGCGAAACGGGUACUCUGAUACGGGUAUUUUCUACAAGGAAUUGCGCAAAGAUCGCCGAAUUACGACGAGGCGUUGACCAUGCCAUGAUAUUCUCUCUUGCAAUUUCCCCGUCAAACACAUACUUGGCAGUCACUUCAGAUAAGUCAACGUUACAUGUCUUCGACCUCCCGCAUCCACGAACGUUAUCGCGACGCAGCCAAUCUCCGUCUUCAUACUCCGAAGAUGGGGCCAACCAGAAAUGGGGUAUUCUGGGCAAAAUCCCUUUGCUUCCCAGAGUCUUCUCCGAUAUUUACUCAUUCGGAAGUGCUCACUUCGAGAUCGGAGAUGAUUCGCGGGGCGGCACACCUUAUAUUCCUCCACUGGGUACAUCUGUUGGACGGCCAUCCAAAGGUGUGCUUGGAUGGACAGACGAUCAUACCAUUUUGAUAAUAGGUGCUGGUAAAGAAGGUCGCUGGGAGAAGUUUGUCAUCCGUGAGGGUGAGGAUGGUAAACGUUUCUGCGUCAGGGAGGGCUGGAAGCGCUACCUGGGAGGAUGA